AUGUACAAGAAAUCCUUCAAAUUGUGCCGUUUAAAGGAAAUCAAUUCCAAUCUCAAAAGGCAGUAUCACAGCGAUAACGUAUUCGGAUUUCGAAGCAAAAAGAAAAAAAUUUAUGAAGAAUCUCGGGAGAGCGCCGAGGCCAAAAAUAAGGAAAGCAAUUUCUUUCGAUUGGUUACAGCGUACAGGCAGCACGGCCACAAGUAUUCUAAUAUUAACCCCGUGUCGUUAUCGGCGCAUUCUAGCUCGAUGCCGGAAUUGUUGAUAAACCGUUACGGGUUCAGCGAAAGCGACAACGUCAAUUUCGAUGGAAUAAUCCACGCGAGCCGAAAAGAGGGCAGCAUUAAAGACGCCGUGAAAUUUUUAAAUCGCGUUUAUUGCUCCUCCAUCGGAGCGGAAUAUUUACAUCUCGAAGACGAGGAGGAGAUAGAAUGGUUGAGUAGACAAUUAGAAGCUCUACCAACAGAAGAAAUCGACGAUGCCACAAAAAUCAACAUCGCAACAGAAUUAUUGAAAUCGCAAUGUUUCGAUCGGUUUUUGGCGAAAAAAUUCACCAGCGUCAAAAGAUAUGGAGGCGAAGGGGCCGAAAGUACGAUGAUGUUCUUCGGGGAGAUAUUCAAAUUAUCUGCGAAAGGUAAUAUUGAACAAAUCGUACUAGCCAUGCCGCACCGAGGACGGUUGAAUCUACUAACAGGCAUGUUGAAUUUUCCUCCUGCUAAAAUUUUCAGCAAAUUAAAGGGCAACGCGGAUUUUCCACCCUAUUACAAGGCGAGCGGUGAUGUUGUAAGUCAUUUCAUUUCUUCUACUGAUCUCACAUACGACGAUCAAUCAGUACACGUUUCAUUACUCUACAAUCCUUCCCACUUGGAAGUCGUAAAUCCAGUGUCAAUGGGAAAAACCAGAGCAAAGCAGAUGAUCCUGAAAGAUGGAGAUUAUGGCGAUAAAAAUUGGUCUGAUAAAGUUCUUAAUAUACAGGUACAUGGUGAUGCAGCUUUCGCAGGGCAAGGAGUCAAUCAAGAAUGCUUGAAUCUUUGCAAAGUGCCUCAUUUCGAAGUAGGCGGUACUAUUCAUAUGGUGGUCAAUAAUCAAGUGGGUUUCACCACGCCGGGUGAUAGGGGAAGAUCCUCGCGGUAUUGUACUGAUUUGGCGAAAAUUAUAGCAGUGCCUGUGAUACAUGUGAAUGGAGACAAUCCAGAGGAAGUUCUUAAAGCCACGCGAUUGGCGUUCGAGUACCAAAGGAAAUUCAGGAAAGAUGUAUUUGUGGAUGUUAAUUGCUACAGGCAGUGGGGUCAUAAUGAACUGGACGAUCCGAGUUUUACGAAUCCAGCUCUGUAUAAUAUCAUAAGAUCCAAAAAAACAGUGCCGGAUUCCUAUGUGGAGAAGCUCGUUAAAGAGAACGUUAUGAGCAAUGAUGAUGCCGAGAAGAUUGAACAAAACCACGAGCGAUGGUUAAACGAUGAAUUAAAAGCUUCCGAAAAUUACAAUCCACCAGACGUCUAUUUCAAAAAACAAUGGGACGGUUUCUCUCAAGCCGGCGAGGUAAUUACGACUUGGGAUACCGGAAUCGACAUGGAUUUAAUGACUUUCGUUGGAACUAAAUCGGUGCAAGUACCGAAAAACUUCGAAAUCCAUCCAACUCUGCUGAAAAGCCAUGUAAAAAAUCGAAUUCACAAAAUAUCCGAAGGGAUCAAUAUUGACUGGCCUACGGCUGAAACACUCGCCUUUGGUUCUUUAUUAUUCCAAGGUUUCAACGUUAGGCUGAGCGGUCAGGACGUCGGGCGAGGCACCUUCUCCCACAGGCACGCCAUGCUCGUGGAUCAGAAAACCAACAGCACGUUCAUUCCCUUGAAUCACAUGCACGACAAGCAAUCGGCCUUCCUGGAGGUGGCCAACAGCAUCCUCUCCGAGGAGGCGGUGCUGGGCUUCGAGUACGGGAUGAGCGUCGAGGACCCGAGGAACCUGAUCGUUUGGGAGGCGCAGUUCGGGGAUUUCUUCAACGGCGCCCAGAUCGUCUUCGACACCUUCGUCAGCUCGGGUGAAAGUAAGUGGUUGUGGCAGAGCGGGCUGACUGUGCUCCUGCCGCACGGGUACGACGGGGCUGGACCGGACCACAGCUCCUCUAGAGUGGAGAGGUUCCUUCAAAUGACGGAUUCCAGGGAAGAUCGAGUGGAUAGCGACGACGUGAACAUGCAAGUUUGCCAGCCCAGCACGCCCGCUCAAUAUUUCCAUUUGUUGAGGCGACAGAUGGUUCGUAAUUUUAGGAAACCUUUGAUAAUAGUCACCCCGAAAAUUCUGCUUAGAUCUCCGGUUUGCGUUUCGGAUUUCGCCGAUAUGACGCCUGGAACGUUCUUUAAACCUGUUUUAGGCGAUUCGAUGGUGGUGCCUUCGAGAGUGAAGAAAAUUCUAAUCACCUCCGGUAAGCAUUUUUAUUCGUUGAUGGAGAAAAGGUCUUCGAUGGGAGUCACCGAUACUGCUAUUAUUCGAGUCGAGUCGUUCUGCCCUUUUCCUGUGUUGGAAUUGACGAAGGAGAUUUCGAAAUAUCCGGAAGCCAAAGUUAUCGUUUGGUGCCAGGAGGAACACCGGAAUAUGGGAGCUUGGUCGUUUAUAAAACCACGAUUUGAGAACCUCCUUAAGAAGCAGAUCCAUUACAGUGGAAGAGACACACUGGGAACACCAGCAGUAGGAAUAGCAAAAUUACACCAAAAACAAGCCAUAGAUGUGGUAACAAAGCCAUUUUUAAUCCAAACUGAUCAGUGA